AUGAGUAAUGAUGAUCUUUGGGCGAACCUUCACUCUGAUCUGUUGAAUCAAAUUGUUAAGUACGUACAUUCUUAUGAGGAUUACGCUCGACUUCGUCUUGUUUGUAAAUCGUGGAGUUUGACACUUGCAAGAACUCCAGAGCACAAAUAUCCAUGGCUAGUGUCGUUACUUUCAGCUGAAGAUUCUAUUGAAACUCAUGGUCCAAUAGAGGAAGAGAUUAAUCAAAUGAGAUUGCCGCAGAUGCAGGACCACUUGUUUCGUGGGUCUUGUUGUGGAUUCCUAGUCAUCCUUGGUUUAUCUGAUGGAGCAUUGCAUUUAUUGAAUCCAUUUACAAAGGUUAUCUAUGAUCUUCCCCCAAUCUCAACUUUGCCGCAUAUAGUUGAUUAUUUGCCUGAAAAUAUUGGGAAUGAAUAUAUGAUGCGGGAUAUGGUGAAUGGCUCAACUGGAACUGUAGAGCGAAUUCUUGUGAAUAAAACAUCGGUCUAUAAGAUAAUUAUUUCUUCCCCUCCCGAUCGUGACACACAUGAUUUCAUGGCUGUAGUUAUAUACGGUGAUUAUCGUAGAUUGGGUUUCCAUAGAACUGGUGAUGGUGGUUGGACAGAUAUACCAACGGCUAAGGCACAUAGGUGUGAAUUUGAAGAUGUUAUUUUUAACGAAGGAAAGAUACAUGCUGUGGAUUGGAAAGCUCAACUUUAUGAAUUUGAUAUGCAUACGAAACCUAUACCACUAGGAGGAGCUACUAAAGCCAAACCUCCCAUCGGAAUUCCACAAUCUCGUGGCCCUACUGAUUGGAACUUCAAGUAUCUGGCUGGACAUGGUAAGGGCAGGUUGUUAAUGGUGGUGAGGCAUUUUGUCUAUCCUCGUGAUGGUGAUGAUGAUGCAGAUGUGUAUCGGACUAAUACAUUCAGUGUAUAUAUGUUGACCAAUAAUGAAGUGUGGUCAAGAGUGUAUAAUCUGGAAAACUAUGCCUUGGUGCUUGGAUUAAAUUCAUCUAUCUCUAUGCCUUGUGCUUCUUCUUGUACCAAACCAAAUCAUAUUUACUAUACCGACAACCUAUUAGAACAUUAUUAUGUAAGCGAGGAAGGACAUAAGAGACGUAGAAGGCUUCAGCUUAAGUGGUGUUGGUGGUCACUCGGUGUGUUUGAUUUGGAAGGCGGUGGCAAUAAUCAACUUUUUUCGGCUGCACAAUUCCUUCUCCCUCCUCCAGUUUGGUUGUGCUGA